ACUGGGCGCCCAGAGGAGGGAGGCAAGUCGGUGCGCGGGCGGGAGGGACAGCCUUAGUGACAAGCCGGCAGCAGCCCUCAUCGUCAGGCGGCACCGAGCUCCCUCUACCUUCCUCCUCUCUACCUCAACACUAACUACACUCUCAUCAGCAUGCGUGAGUGCAUCAGCGUCCACGUGGGGCAGGCCGGCGUGCAGAUCGGCAACGCCUGCUGGGAGCUUUACUGUCUCGAGCACGGUAUCCAGCCUGACGGUUCCAUGCCCUCAGACAAGAUCGCCGGGCACCAUGACGACUCCUUUAGCACAUUCUUCAGCGAGUCUGGGUCAGGGAACCACGUGCCGCGCGCCGUGUUUGUCGACUUGGAGCCCACGGUUAUUGACGAGGUGAGAACAGGAACGUACCGCAAACUGUUCCAUCCUGAGCAGCUCAUCACGGGGAAGGAGGACGCGGCCAACAACUACGCCCGCGGCCACUACACCAUCGGGAAGGAGCUGAUCGACGUGACCAUGGAGAGAGUAAGGAAGCUGGCCGACCAGUGCUCCGGCCUGCAGGGCUUCCUCAUCUUCCACUCCUUCGGCGGCGGCACAGGGUCCGGUUUCACGUCCCUCAUGAUGGAGCGACUCUCCCUUGAUUACGGCAAGAAGAGCAAGCUGGAGUUCGCUAUCUACCCCGCCCCGCAGGUGGCCACAGCGGUAGUGGAGCCCUACAACUCCAUCCUCACCACCCACACCACUCUGGAACACUCAGAUUGCGCCUUCAUGGUGGAUAAUGAGGCCAUCUAUGACAUCUGCCGCAGGAAUCUGGACAUCGAGCGGCCUACCUACACCAACCUUAACCGCCUUAUUGGCCAGAUCGUGUCCUCCAUCACCGCCUCUCUCAGGUUCGACGGUGCUCUUAACGUGGAUCUAACGGAGUUCCAGACUAACUUGGUGCCCUACCCUCGCAUCCACUUUCCUCUGGUCACCUAUGCGCCUGUCAUCUCCUCCGCCAAAGCCAACCACGAGCAGCUCUCCGUUGCCGAGAUCACCAGCGCCUGCUUCGAGCCGGCCAACCAGAUGGUGAAGUGUGACCCUCGCCACGGCAAGUACAUGGCCUGCUGCCUGCUGUACCGCGGCGACGUGGUGCCCAAGGACGUGAACUGUGCCAUCGCCACCAUUAAGACCAAACGCUCCAUCCAGUUCGUCGAUUGGUGCCCCACUGGAUUCAAGGUGGGUAUCAACUACCAGCCGCCCACGGUUGUGCCUGGCGGGGACCUGGCCAAGGUGAACCGCGCCGUCUGCAUGCUGUCCAACACCACGGCCAUCGGGGAGGCGUGGGCCAGGCUCGACCAUAAGUUUGACCUCAUGUACGCCAAGAGGGCCUUCGUGCACUGGUACGUGGGAGAGGGCAUGGAGGAGGGAGAGUUUGCUGAGGCGCGCGAGGACUUAGCUGCUCUGGAGAAGGACUACGAGGAGGUGGGCCUGGACUCAACUGACGAAGGGGAAGAAGAGCCCGAGGAGUUUUAACAAGAGCAGGCUGGAUCAGUGUGCGUGUAUGGAAGCCACACUUAAAGGCACUUAAUAAAACGUACAAAUUAAA